CUUCAAUUACGAUCUCAGGCCUUCAGCCGUGACGGUCACUCGGCUUCUACUUAAAGUGGUUUGUUAGGCUUCUCUUCCUCUUCAUAAUAUGGAGGCCAGACCGCCAGAAAACACUGAAACCAACACUGUUGCUGCACCCACAAACGCCGUGCUGGACGCACGAGCUAAUAACUUUUCCCAAAGAUAUCCAGCCAUCACCCAUUUUACAGUGCUAGCGUUGCUUUUGACACCGCUUGUUGCAGUGCCAUAUUUGCUAUCUAAAAGACAUAUUUCCACUCUUUCCAGAAGGUUGGACGAACUUUCGGCCACAACCACUUCUUUGCGGACGGAAUUAAAGACUUCUGCGACUGAGAAUGCCGCACGGAAGGUGGAAUUACAUCGCACCUCAGCCUCGCUUGAGGCUGCAAGAUCAGAACUCAUUCAGCUGCGCCGCAGCCUCAAACAGCUUCGCAUGGAACGUGAUGCGUCAGAGAUAACGAUGCGGAACGCUCUGAAGCAGCUUCUUGAAGAGAGAAAGCUGAACAGCGAAUGCCUGGCACUUCUCCCCCAACUGGGUACUUCACUAGCUGAUGUUGCCGCAUUCAUGUACGAAGUAGAGUUGCACCACGGCAUUACGUCAAGCGCCAUUGAUGGUCACGGUGUAGAAAGGCUUCGCCGACUUGCACUUAAAUUCCACAUAGCGCAGUCGGAGGGGUCGAGGUAGCCACCUACAAUCGUCAACCACAUACCCCACUCAGUGGGGAGAAGCGUGGAAUGGUUCAAGAGUCGUGAUAAACUACUCAGGAAGUCUGGAUAAUUGUAUGAUACAUGUAUUUCAUAGUGUACCGAUAUCUGAGUGCAUUGUACUGUAUCAUAUAUACAUACAAACACAUCUCUGGUCUGCUGCUCGAUGACAAAUUGUGUUUACAGUAGCAAGUCAGGAAACAAUGGAGCGUUUUUGCCAAGUCACUUUUGCGUUUUUCACGAUGCGAAACGAUGCUCCACUUGAUGCAGUGUAAGUAUCAACUACGUGACACCUAAGGUCUAAGGAGUGAUGGAUGUCAUUGGACAUAAUUGCGCCCGAUGCCGAGGACUAGAGAUUGCGG